GCUUUCUAGACGCCGGGCGGGGGGGAGGCCGCCGGGCGACGCGUGACGUCAGACGUGCGUCCGUGCGUGGAGGCCCGACGCCGGAUCCGGUGCCUCGUCCAAGUUCACGUUCAAUCCAAGUCAUCCAAUCCAAUCCAGGUUCGCGUCCAGGUUCACGGACCGAAGCGAAAUAUGGCAGAAGAAGAUGAUUAUAUGUCUGAUGCCUUUAUUAACAUUCAAGAAGAUGUCAGACCAGGGAUACCAAUGUUGAGGCGAAUCAAAGAAGUUCGUCAGAAAGAAGAAAAGCACCGGGAAGCUAAUCUGAAAAACAGGCAGAAGAGUUUAAAAGAGGAGGAACAAGAAAGACGGGACACAGUGUUGAAAAACGCUAUAGGCAAUGAAAACAAGGGGUUUGCUUUACUUCAGAAAAUGGGGUAUAAAAGCGGACAGGCCCUUGGCAAGCACGGAGGUGGCAUUGUCGAACCUAUUCCCCUCAACAUCAAAACAGGAAGAAGUGGCAUUGGCCACGAAACAUUAGUAAAGCGGAAAGCAGAGGAAGAGCUAGAGAACCUCAGGAGAAAAGUCCACAUGAAAAAGCAAGCUGAAGAAAAAGCGGCAGAUCAGUUCCGAAUGCGAUUCAAAAGUAAACAAGAAGAGCUUAAAUUAGAAGGGGACCUGAGGAGAAGCCAGCGAGCUUGCCAACAAUUAGACACCCAGAAGGAUAUUGAAGUUCCCAGGGAACCCUGGUACUGGACAGUCCCCGAAAAGGAGGAGCAGGAGGAAGAAGAGGAGGAAGAGGAAAAAGAAAAGGAAGAAGAUGAAUGUGGUAGCGACGAUUUAAGCGUAGUGGAAAAACUACAAAUACUUACCAGCUAUUUAAGAGAAAAGCAUCGAUACUGCAUUUGGUGUGGAACUGCAUAUGAGGAUGAAGAAGAUUUGUCUUCAAACUGUCCUGGACCAACCUCUGCAGAUCACGAUUAAAAGUCAACAUGGAUAAUUUCAUUAUUUCCCAGCA